UUUGAAGAGCAUUAAAUAAAAUUUAAUUAUGAGAUAGCUAUAAUAAAUUCCGAAAGUAACUAAAAAGGUUAUUAUUAUAAAUCAAAAGUAAAUUGUAUGUGGUGAAUACUUAUAGGUCGAAUAUGAUUAGUGAAAAUAAUAAUCUUUAGAAUAUUCAAAAUGUUUAAGUAAAUAAUACUGACAGAAAGAAUGUUUCUGUUGAGGAACAACUUCCAAAAUAAUUUGAGGGUAUUUGAUUAAGUUAAAAUAGAUAACAUGCAAUUUGAAAGUCAAUAAUCCAUUUAGGAAAUGAUGAUUUUGUAUUAAAAAAAUUGUGCCUAAUUAUAAGAAUUCUAAUCUUAAAUACACGAGUUAAAACAGAGAGUCUAAUUGAUUGAGUAAAAAUUUUAAGAAAUCGAAGCAACUAAUAAGAAAAAGAAGAAAAGGAGAACUGCAGCUGAAAUAGAUAAGAAUUUUAAAGUGUGUAUUAAAUUUAUUAAUUUUGUAGUGCCCUUAUAAAAAUUGUGAGAAACUCUAUGGAUCAGAUGUUUCAUUGAAUCUACACAUCAAAUUCAAACAUAAUGGAGGUAAUAAGAGCGAACGUCAGAAAAUAAUUGUAAAAUUUACUAUUGUUAUAAUAGAAAUAAUUACAGGCUGGAGAAAUAUCUGAAAAGGAUAUUCAAAACAUUAAUUUACCACCUGUAUGAAAAAUACCAUUUCAAUCCAAUAAUAAAUUUGAUUUCAAAUUAAUUUAUGUGUUUACAAAAAUUUAUAUUCCGC